UCUUCUUCUCGACAUAAUCGUAACUUGUUUCUGCAAUUCAACGAGAGUAUUGUUUGAAAAUUUUCUCUUUUUUUUCUGGCUUCGGAAUUUCAUGUAAUGUGAUGCCGUCUGGAGUUGUACAUUUGUGUGUUGCUUGAGUUAGGGUUUUAGUGUGUAUGUGCAUCUUUCUCCCUUUCCCCCUAUUUAUUUAUUAUCUUCCCUUUUCUAGCUUUGGAAGUUCAUGUAAACUGUGUUUUAUUCCUGCAAUUAUCUAUGCUUGUUGAAACACUAAUUCUAUAGUGAUUUGAUCAAAAACCUUGGAAUUGAGAGGUUCACAGCUAAACUUGCUGUUUAAGAGAGAAGAGAACUUAAAGGAUGUAGAACAAGAUAGAGCAUUCAUUACUAUUUCAUUACUUAGAUGUGAAGAUGAUUUUACAAUGCUAUAAAUAGAAGAAUACUUAUACCUAUUCAAUUGAGCUAACUUUCUAACUCUUACUUCUUCCUUGUUACAUUUCGUACGUCGUCUGCUUUUAUGUCGUCUCGCGUCUCCUGUGUACUGCUUUAUGGAGUUGUGGAAAAGAUUAAGUCCCAAAAAAUGGCAGACGUAGAGACUGUUGUUGGUGAAGAAGUUACAUGUGCAUCCUUAUUGGAGAGCUUGCAGAAAAUCUGGGAUGAAGUAGGUGAGACCAACGAGGAACGGGACAAAGUACGCAUUCGAUUGGACCGAGAUUGCUUGGAUGUAUACAAGAGAGAAUUUGACCAGGCUGUGAAAUCUAGGGCUCACCUUCUUCACAAUUUGGUAGAUGCUAAGGAAAAACUCACCAAUCUCCUAUCGCUCCUUGGAGAGGAGACCUGCGUUGGGAUCCCUGAGAUCACUUCGGGAACGAUCAAAGAACAGCUCGAAGCUAUAGGUCCGGCUUUGGAAAGACUUUCGAAGCUCAGGGAUGACACGAUAAAAGAAUUCUACCAUGUUCGAGUGGAGGAAGAUCCACCCCCUUCGCCUGAAGGCGGGGGUGUUUCUGACUCUCCGUGUGAAGGCAAGAAGAACUAUUCGCUGGUGGAGACGGAGUUAUUGGCACGCAUCCACGCCAACAUCUCUGGAGACCCGUCGGUUGGAAGCAUGUCAAGGAGGGGGGUUUCUUGGGGGAAGAUCGCGGAAAAGUACAACGCUAUGAAACCAGAAUGGGCACUCGAGCGAGAUGGCAAAGGUCUCUGCCGUCACUGGGGCCGGGUGCAGAAAGACCUCUCUAAGUUCACGGACCACGUCACCAAUCUGCAGAAGGCACGGCCGAGUGGCACAAGCUGGGAUGAUGUUCGAAAGAGGGCUUUAAGGGCUUUUUAUAAAGAUACGAAAAAGCAUUUCAAGUACGAGGACGUGUGGAAAAUUGUUCAGAGAGACCUCAAGUUAUUCGGAGAUGCUUCAUCUGAUCCAAAAAGAAAGAAGCUCUCUACCUCUGGCAAAUACUCAACAAGCGGUAAGACUUGUGCUGAUCCCAUCGAUUUGGAUUCGAGGAGGACAGGGGAGAGUUUGCACGUAGAAUUGGCACCGUGUGGGAGUCGUCCCAUGAGUCACAGGGCGGCUAAGAGGAAGACGAAGGAAAAGGCGAGCAGUGGGGCCGUGAUUGAGGAGAAGUUUCUCGUCUUGUCCGAAAAAAUGGGUUUGGUCGGAGAAGCAAUUAUGAUCAAGUCGUAUUUAAAAGCACUUGAAAAAGACACGUCGAGGAUGAGCGAUACCAAAAGGCAACAGCAUGAAGCUGCAGUCAAGUUACUUGCGUGCAAACUUGGAUUGGUGUAAAUUUUUAUUUUGAAUGAAGGAAUUUUAGGAGUUUAAAUUAUGUUAUUUCCUGCAUUUGAAUUACUAAUGUUUUGUUAUUUAAA